GGCGUUCCAAACGCUCCGAAGACGCUCGGAAGACAAGAGCAAGCGAACGGAGCCGUCGCAGCAGCGCAGUGGGCGCCGCAAAAGCGUAGCGGCGUCCAAGCCAGCCCCGACUGCGCCUCCACCGGACCCCGCGGCCAUCAUGGGCGAAACCAAGGCGUCCGCGAACCGUAUGGUCGAUGCCGCUGCCGGGAAAGAUGUCGGGUCGCCGACCCAUCCCGGCAUGCUCUCUGGCAGAGUUUCCAGUCCACCCUCCCGUCAAGAAUCCCGCCUGCGCAACUUGACCGUCGCCGUGGUUGCCUUGGCGAUCAUAUUCGCGACCGUCAGCCUGGUGACGCUGGCUCUGUGGCCGCGAAGCGCGAAGAGCUCGCCGACGUCCUGCGACACCCCGGGUUGCCAGGCCUUUGCCAACGCCUACGCGAAGAGCAUCCGGCGCGACGUACCUCCCUGCACAGACUUCGCCGAGUUUGCUUGCGGAGGUCUCGCCGGCGAGAACGUCUCCGUCCGGCGGGAGGCUUACGAGGCGUUCCGCAACGACCUGGUGCUCCCCGCGCACAACGCGUCCCUCCUGUCGUACUUGGUGCUCAGCCGCGCGACACUAUAUUCAUUCAAAGCGCUAAUGCGAUAGAUCGCGUGAAGCUGCGCUGGUGGGGCUGGUGCUCUCACCAGAACGAACACUUGCAGCUUAACUGUGCAUACAGUCGGUUUUGGAUGGUCAGUUAAUCAGCUGGCGAGUGGUCGAAAUGGUGUCACCAAGCGCUGCCAGAUACAAAUCUGAGAACAGUGCUUUUAUUCACAAACCUUUUAUUGAGAACCUUUUAUUUUCAAAAAAGAGUGAACGGAAGCGUGCGACACUUCGACUUCGAAGAAGAACACAAUUGUGCACACAACACGGAGUCACAACACCAAGAGGCGCCCCCCACUAUGCCAUAUAACUUAUUUAUUCUUGUGAAAGGCUGACAUUUUGAGGAAAAAGGAAGUGUCUACGAAUUCUGGCGCAGAGGUAGAGAUGUGUCAAGCAUUCAAAAGUUAGGCAGGAUUGCGUUUUUUUCGUAUGCGCACUGAAGAAAACACGUUCCACGUCAUAGCCUUCGCUAGUGUCUACUCCCGCACAAGGGAUGUGACGCAAUGUGUGCUCGCGGACCCAGCUGUUCCAGUCAUUCUGCUGUUAGCGGACAUAGGGUAACUUGUGAUGCAAAAUUCCUCGUAACUACGAGCACUAAAAUAAAUGUCCCGCACACAGAUGUUCAAAUCAUAAGAAAAGUGUUGCUUGUAACGCUUCGUUUCGGUAAAACAAGAAGCAGGUGAACGUUUCCUAACUGACAGAUGUCUUUGGAAAAUAUGUGUAAAUGUUACCGCAACUUUCGCAUUGCCUAAGAUAUGAGGAUGCUAGUGUAGGAUUAAAAUGUUCAGCGUAUACGCAAUGGCACCAUGCAAAUACCGCUUGCUGCGUUCACCUGCUGGUGAGAGGAAACAUUUUAAUUUGUGCACGCGAUUCACGUUUCUCCAUUUGUCUACUCGUACUGUGAAGAAAAGCGCACACUUUUCUCGUUAAUCUUUCUAGGUGUCUCAUUCUCUUCUAAGGUUGCUGCAGAAAAUAAAAUUCUUGGCAUCUCGUGUAAAGAGCGAUAGCUUUUGUUUAGCACUAUUUCUUGCGUUAGUGCAGGAAAUAAGUAGUAUCCUCAUGAUUCGCAGAAAUCAGUGAAACGAAACCAGCUUCAGAAAUCAAUCAGUGUAGGUACCUAUACAGAUACGGUGAC